UUGGUUAAGUUUUUUUUGUUCUAUUGGAACCUUUAAUUAUUAAAAGAAAAGAUGAUCGAGUCUGUUGAUGAUUCUAAUGUAAAUGACAAAAAUAAUCUAUUUGGAAAUCGAAAUGAUUUACAAGAGGUAGAGGAUUUGGAUAAAAUUGAAAUAAAUCUUGGAGAAUUGGAUUUAUCAUCACAAGAUGAAACUAUAUUAGAUGAACUUGAUGACUUUAUUCAAAGAAAUCUGCAAGAUGAAUUAGUAAAUAAUGCUUUAAAUAAGGGUGUUGAUCUUCGCCAGUAUUCAAAACAAGUAGAAGCAGAUUUGAGGAUGGUAGAGAAUGACUCUAUUGAAGAUUAUAUCAAAGAGAGUAAUAAUAUUUCAAGCUUACAUAAACAAAUUAAAGCAUGUGAUGGAAUCUUAGAGACGAUGGAAAACAUGUUGAGUUCAUUUCAGGUGGACUUACGCAGUAUCAGCUUGGAGAUUCAAACUUUACAAGAGCAAUCACUAUGCAUGAAUAUUAAGUUAAAAAACAGACAGGCCAUAAAAGGUGAAUUAAGUCAAUUUAUAGAUGAAAUGAUUGUGCCUGAAACAAUGAUCUUCGCAAUUAUAGAUAAACAAGUCACUGAUCAAUAUUUUAUUGAACAGCUUCACGAGCUUUCACAUAAACUCAAUGUUGUGAAAGAGCAGUCAUAUAAAGGUGCAAUGGCUUGCAAUGAUGUUCAAGAAGUGUUAGACAAACUACGAAUUAAGGCAGUUGCUAAAAUAAGAGAAUUUGUUUUACAUAAAGUAUAUCAAUGUCGAAAGCCAAUGUCAAACUAUCAAGUACUUCAAAACACACUACUCAAGUAUAGAUACUUCUUUGAGUUUCUGUUAGCUAACCAUCGCCAAGUUGCUCGUGAAAUUCGUGAUGAAUAUGUUGAUACCAUGAGUAAAAUUUAUUCAGUUUACUUUGGCAGCUAUAUUGGUAAACUAAUGAAGUUGCAGUUCGACGACGUUCCAGGAAAAGAUGAUUUAAUAGGUUUAGAAGAUUCAUCAAAAGCUGGAAUUUUUUCAAGCAAGACUACAUUAAAAAAUCGUUCCACAAUUUUCAGUUUGGGAGGACGCGGACAAGUUUUAACUGAUCUUCUAGAAGAACCUAUUAUUGUACCGCAUACAUCUCAAAAAACAGAUAAAAGAUAUUCCUAUGAAUGUCUUUUUCGAAGUCAGCAUUUUGCACUGUUGGACAAUGUUUGCAGAGAGUUUUUGUUUUUAUGUGACUUUUUUUUGGUAUCAGGCAAUCAAGCAAACGAACUGUUUAUAUCUGUAAUGGGUAAAGUUGUUACACUCUUCAUGAAGCAUAUGGGCAGCUAUAUAGCCUCAAGUUUUGAUGCUAUUGGAAUUUUUUUGUGUAUCCAAAUUGUUCAUCGUUACAAAAUGAUAAUGAUAAAGCGUGAUGUACCUGUAUUAGAAAGCUAUUGGUCAACUUUGUUAGACAUGUUAUGGCCACGAUUCAUGAAGUUGGUUGAAAUGAAUGCACAGAGUGUUAAACAAUUAGAUUCUCAAAAACUUGGUCACAUUGACAUUCAUCCUCAUUAUAUCACAAGAAGAUAUGCAGAGUUUUCUAGCGCCAUAAAUAACCUUAACGAAAACUUCCAUGAUGAUCGAGUUGGAAAAUGUCUUGGACAAAUGCAACUCGAAGUAGAAAAUUUUAUACUUCGAAGAGCAUCUGAGUUUGUUAAGCGAAAGCAUCAUCUUGUAUUCUUGAUAAAUAAUUAUGAUACUAUGCUUCAAGUUAUUGCGGAAAAAACAAAUGAUGAAGCAAAACAAACAUUCCAUGAAACACUUAAUACUAAAAUAAGAGAAUAUGUUGAAGAGGUAUUAUCAUCAUACUUCAUUGGUAUGAUGCGUUUUGUAAACGAAACAGAACCCUUAAUAGAGAAAGGGCAAUCAAGCCAAAUCAAGGUUAAUGAAGGUUUAAUUGAACAGAUAAUUCGUGAUUUUUCUUUACAUUGGAAGAGUGCAAUAGAAAAUUUAAAUCAAGAUAUAAUGAGAUCAUUCUCUAAUUUUAAAAAUGGAAAUAACAUUCUUCAGGCUACGUUAACCCAACUUAUUCAAUACUACCAUCGGUUUCAGAAGAUUUUAUCUAAUCCUCCGUUCAAUAGACUUUCAUCUCGUAGCGAUUUGAUUAAUAUUCAUCAUGUUAUGGUUGAAGUUAAAAAACACAAAACAACUUUUUAGAAUUGUGUGUUAUCAGAGAAUUGUAUACUACCAGAUAUUCUCUUGUAUUUCUAUUUUUAUAUUAGAAACAAGGAAAUAUUUUCUUUA